AUGUCGACAAUGACCAUGACAAAAACCGAGGCCGUGCUGCCCAAUGCACCGGCUCUGCCUCCCCGAAGCGCCCUGAGGGCUUCCCGGCUGCUGGCCACGAUGCCCCAGAAGCUCUCGGAAGACCGACCCGUCCUCACUCCCGCCGCCCCGCAUCUCCUCUAUCUCUCGUCCGAAGAGGACGUCUCUUCUUCAGCCGACGACUUCUCCGACUGCGACUACAGCUCCGACAGCGAGCACAACGCGCAAGAGACGCCCGAGCAGACAUCGACAGGCCACGACAUCGCCCGCAUGGUGUCCGUCGUCUUCUCCGGCAAGCCUUGCAUCGUCCAGCUCUCGCGACGAUCAAUAUCGCCCAGCUCAUCGGCCGACUGCCCCGUGAGCAAGCUUACCAGGACGUCGACCGAACCCAUCAUCAGCAGCCGCAAGGGGUCCGCCAGCUCUACGUCGUCGCUCAAGAUGGUUUCACAGCACCCUCCGCGGUCGAGCAGCAUCAUGUCUCCCGUCGCGUCGCCCUCGUUUCUCAACAUGGAUCCCUUCGCGGCAAAGGCGGAGCCCGAAGAGCCGGAACCCCAGCUCCGCAAGACGGCGCAAAUGUUCAAGAGGACGCUCAGCCUGGUCAGGAAGCGUAGCAGGCCGAACCUGAACGCGGCGGCGUCCCGAUCCCGCGAGGGCCUAUCGUUGCAGACGUGCCCCAUGGAACAGGUCGGAGAGGAGAGGGAGGAGAACCACAUCAGCACCCCCCGGAGCGCGACAUCAAUACCGCCGCCCAUGUACCAGGAGACGAUGGCAGCGAGGAGAGCCAGCAGCUACUCGGGCGCGACGCUAUCGCCGGUUACCGACGCAUCGUCCCCCCUGUCACCGACUAAACGGAUUCGGCAGGGCUUCUUGACGCGGCGGCGAAGCAUCAGAAUAUAA